UGCCAAAUCACCUUAGCAUGCUUUUGGACUGCAGAGGAAAAUCGAAGAACCCAGAUAAAACACCACAGAGAUACUGGGAUAACAUGCAAACUCCAUACAUGUAGAGCUGAAUCAGAGACUGAAUAUCUAAUUUCACUGUGCCACACUCUCAUCUGAAGCAAUGUUACAUACAGUGAUAUUAACGUUUAACACUUCAUUUUACUGUCAUUAUAUUCUGAUAAAAAAAGAUUACACGAAAAAAUAACUUUUGAAAAUAUUUUUGUGAUCCGUGUAGCGCAUAACACUGAAUACAUCUAAUACACAACAGUUUCGUGCACUCCGCGUUGUUAUCCGCCAGUUACCCAGGUUACAGGCACCAAAACAUUGGAUAGGUGGUGGGAGAAGAUUUCUCCCCGCCCCUGACCAGAAGCGCGACCUGAGCCACUAAAGUGACGUAAAAUUCAGCCAAUUGACAUACGGAGACGUGGAAUCUGUCCAAUCCGCAAAUCCAGUGGGCCGAGCAAAGUACGGUGGCCGCAUUGCUUCGCUGAGCUAUGUGGCCGUCUGUUUGGACGUUAACCAGGCGCCGGGAGGCAUGCAAUUGAAAGGGAAGGGGAGGGUAAAGUUGCCUUUCCGCGUCGAAGUUGCGGCGCUAGUUAAUGUUAAGGAUAGCCCACUGCCUACUUACUGUGCGUCCCGGCUGUGGAGAUGCUCAGCUAAAUUGUUAGCUCUUCGGCUCGCUUUUCCUGUAUUAGGUCCGUACAAUUAUAGGGUGGAAGAUCCCAAUUUUCUUUAUGUCUGAUCUGCCCACCUAGUUCCACUGCUAAGUGCUGCUAUCUCAAGUGAAACCGAAAUGUCAAGGGGCAGUCUUUGUGAUCGGUAACAGGACGGCCUAUUUUUUCUCAGCAGUAUUGGUCUUCGUGAACACUCUUUUGGUAUUUACCAAAUCAAGAGGAUUUAAUUUUUACGCUGUCAUCCGCUGUGCUGUGAAUCCGAUCUAAGACCAUGGCAGACGACAGCACCCAGUUCUGUGGAAACUGCCAACGCGACAUCCCGGACGCCAGUUUCAGAACGCACGAGAUCCACUGCCGCCGGAACAUUACGCUUUGCGAGCUCUGCGCUGAACCGGUGCCGCGCGCGUCCCUGCAGAGUCACAAGGAUCAGGAGCACGCGCAGGUGCUAUGUAAAUGUGGCUUGAAGAUUGAGAAUAAAUUAAUGGACGUCCAUAAGCAGUCGGAAUGCGCUCAGCGUCUGGUUGCCUGUCCAUAUUGCCAGCUAGAGCUGGCCUUCAGCCAAUCUGGGAAACACGAGGAGUACUGUGGAACGCGCACGGAGCCCUGCCCCACCUGCAGGUGCAACGUCAUGUUGAGGGAGCAGGCCGUUCACGCGGCACUGUGUAGCAGCACCCUGACCCCGGAGAGUAACAAUGCCCUGCCUGCCAGAAGCCCUGUGGACCCUGGUGCUUGGUUUGAGACCCACGCAGUCAGGAACCUGCUCAGGCCCCAGCAGACAGGCCAGAGCCAUGGAUCCCUAGGCCCCAGACCCUCAACCCGCCUGCCAGACAGCACAGUACAUAACAUCACCCGGGCACUGGGACAGUUGGGCCAGACGAACAUUGCACCCAAGAAUACAGAUUUUGACCGCAUGAGGGAGCGAGAGGCAGAACUGUGGGACAACAAUAACAGCAGGGUGCCAUGGCCAGGAAACUGGUCUUCCCCAGAUGACACCUCCCAUCUAGACUACCUGCUGGCUCUCAGCCUGCAGAAUGAUGGGGACAUGGGAGACUACCAGGCUGAACCUUUGCGUGACCCCAUGCCAAACCCUCUGGAGAGCCUGGGAAGGCUGCACUCUAGGGAUAGCAGACUGGGGAGGACCUCCCACAUAGACCCAUUGUCCUCCCCCUUCUCCCAGCUAUGUCAAUUAUCCAACCUGAACAACAACUACAGCAGCUCCACCGCAGGCAGUGAUGUUGCCCCAGCCAGCGUGCAGACAGAGACCAUGUUGCCCUGUGAGUUCUGUGAGGAGCUCUUUCCAGAGGAUUUUCUCAUUCUUCACCAGACGGGCUGCAGCCCUACCGUAGCCUUUGCAUCUUUUAGUAAAGGGACCCCCUCUCCUUGUCCUGUGGACAGGACUACAGAGAGUUUUGGAAGUGGUGCCUACAGCCCACCCAGGACCCCCAGCCCCACUGCUUUCCCUGAUGCUGUCUCGUCGCAGCCCUGCAAUCCACCCCCUGAUUCUGCAGGUUGUUCUGUGCUUAUCCCCUGUGAGUUUUGUGGAAUUGCCCUGGAAGAAAACAUUGUCUUUCACCAUCAGGAUACAUGUGAGUUUUGUCCCCAUACUGCAUAUUUUGAAGAUGAGCUAUCAAAGGAGAAACCACUGUUUUCUGCCAGGACGGACAGAGAGAGGGAAUCUCCAGGACCACAAAGACGACUCAGGCACCAAGAUCCAGAGCAGGACCCAGAGUGGCUUGGAGAGCAGUUGGAGCUCAGGAACCUGCCUGAGAACUUGAGGGCAAGCUCUGGUUCUGGGAACUGGAAAGGAGGCACCAACAACCAGCAGGCCUCACAUGCACAGGGGGCUAUGUGGACACAAGCAGGCAGGGGAAGGCCAGAAGGUCGCAGGAACCAGAGGAACCAUGGCACAUCCACGACUCCAGCCCCCAAAGUGCAAAAUCUGGAAAAGGAGGAGGAGUGAUACCCUGCAGAUGGACCACCCUCUCUCAUCUGUCCACCAUGGCUGCCUACCUGUCACUCUUUCCUUGAACUCCUUGUCUUCUUGGGUUGUAUUACUUGUUUUAUUUUCACGUGUAUAUAUGUAGGAUUUCUAUGUGCUAAAUGUAUUCCCUUUUUAAAUGACUUUUCAUUAUUACAAACUUAAUAUGAAAAUUAUCCUAAAGUUGCGGGCUGAGAGUAAGAUUUACUUUGAAUUGCUAUCGAAUAUUACGCAUAUCAGAUUAUAUAUGCUGAAUAUAAAUUAUUUGUACUCUGAGUUAUACUGCUGCUGAUUAAACUUUUUAAAAUAUAAUGUUUACCUACAUUGUUCGUUUUACAUUCCUAGACUCUGUGUUUAAAUGCCCCUGUAGUUUGAAGUACAAUUCUAGGCUGCUUAACUGCAUUUAAACACCAUAAGGGCACUCUGUACUGUAUGAAAUUGAAAUGUUCAGUUGCAUAAAUGGGUUUAAAUAUA